AGUUAAAAGUCAAAUAUGACCGUCGUAAUAGGCUCAUGCCUCUUAACGUAAGUGGCACAACUGACUAUUUGUGUCUGUUUACAAGUUACAAUCCCUUAUUUAAGACUCUGGCUUUACCAUCUUAACUUCUUCCUGAAGAGGUCCUUCAAACGCAUUGUUUAUAUAAGGAUAUAGAAGACUACAAUUCAGAUGAAGAUGCCAGCUUUAAAGAGAAAGCUGCGAGCUCCACACAAGCUCUUGAGAGUGAUCAGGAAAAAGUUAUUGAGCCAGAAUCCUAGGAACCAGAGCUUCAACUCCAAAAGCAAGAAAAUAUCCUGGAUUAGUAGGAAUCAAAAUUCGGUUUGCAAAGUUCGGUCUUUGAGUCCAAAGAAAAGAAGCACUAAGAGGAACUUCCAUCGAAACACUCAGAGAAGCAAGAAGAUUUCAAGGAUUAGUGCCAAGAGUCCACUUCCGAAGCAUAAUCUCAAAAUACUCUGAACUCCAGCUGAUGAAGAAUUCGAACAGGAACAAGAAAGAUAUAUAGCCAUUAUUAAGAAGGCCCAGGAUGCUGUGGGAAAAAGCCCUAGAUGGCUAGACUCUCCAAGGGUACUCAGGAAGUUCCUUUCAGAUAGAGAACUGCUCAUGGACAAAGAACAUCACAGCGAAGGGGGCACUCUACCAAGCCCAAAAGAAGUGCACUCCUCACAAGAUAGUGGUGAAGAGCUCGAGUCUCAUAAGAUCAAGAAUUCGGGACUUUGAAGGAAGAAGCUGAGUGCAUUUGCUCCCAAAAAGUUCACAUUUAAUUCAAAUUUAUCAUAAAAGCUUGAGAAAUCUAG